CCGGAGGAGAGACGUUCUCUGCCCGUCUUCUCUUGUCCUCUUUCGCGCCCCGUAGCUGAGGGGGCGGGGCCAGGCCCUACGUGCGCUGCCAUGGCGGCUCGCGGCGCGGGGCCAGUGGUGCUGCUGGGGCUGCGGGACGUCGCCAUGCCGGCAUCGGGCACGGGCAGCGCGCAGGCCCCGGCCUGGGCCACUAACAAGCUGGGCGGCGCCCCGGACCUGCCCCCGGCGCUCGGCGCGGCCCCGGCCUCGGCCCCGCCCUGCGGCGGCUGCGGCGCGGCGUUGCUGCACGUGCUGCAGGAACAACAAGAGAGGCUGGCUGCGCGGGACUGGUGUGACGAAGCAGAUGACUGGGGAGCGUGCGAUGAAUUUGAACCCCCUGAACUGAACCACUCUGGCUUGCUGGGUGUAAAUGAAGCGAGCAAUUCCUGCUUGCCCAAAGAAGCAGAGUGCGCAUCCCAGUUACAGAGGCUUAGCCUGGCAGAAGCUGAUCCCUUCUGUAUUCAUCUUCCAGCUGGAGAAGAGAGAGUAAUGUCUAGCUCUGCUCCCACAUUCAAGCCCUACUACAUCGCUGUUGUGGAUGAGGAAGACUACACUGGUUACGUUGAUACAGAUCAUGCACACAAGCUUCUAAAGGAAUAUCAACAGAGAGAGGGUAUUAAUUUGGAAGAGUUGAUGUCAGAAAGUUUUGCAGGUGAAGGUGAUCGUGAGAAAUAUGAAAAGAGCAAACUCCGAAGUAGGGACCAGGUGUUCCACAAAUUUAUGAAAAGAAUUUCUGCCUGUCCUGAACAAAUUCUGAGAUACUCCUGGGGCGGUGAGCCUUUAUUUAUAACAUGCCCUCCAUCUGACAUCAGCAGAGGGGUUCCAGCCUGCAGUAACUGUGGAAGUAACAGAGUCUUUGAGUUCCAGCUUAUGCCAGCAUUGGUCAGCAUGCUCGAGAGCGAUGCAGAUCUGUCAAUCGAAUUUGGGACAGUCUUGGUUUACACAUGUGAAAGAAGCUGUUGGUCAGUAAAUCAGAAGAAUCCCCUAGAGGAAUUUAUUUUUAUACAAGAAGACCCAGAUCAGCAACUAUUUAAAUAAACUUACUUCUUCCUUGUAAAGCCA